AUGCUUAGCUUCAGCGAAUUCGCCCCUGAUCCGCGCGUCAGUUUUGCAGCAAUAAAGAAUCUUCAAGUUGGUCAACAUUUUGUUCUCCCAAAUUUCGGUCAGGAGCCAAAACAUUUUGCUAAGGGUUACCUGGGAAGGAAACUCUAUGUUACAAAUCGAAUGAUUAAUGUGUGGAAUGAUAUCUCAAAAGAUCAACUUCAUUCUUUCAAACGCACGCAAGCUGAGUUAGAUGUGGAUACACCAGAGGAAGCGGGAGAGGUUAACAUUGCUGAAAAAAUUUUGGGAGAGCUACUUAAACAAGUAGAGCGCAAAACAUGGUGUAUUAUUCGAAGAUCCUCCAGAACUGCACACGCCAAGUAUGAGAUGAAAUACAUGAAAAAUGGUCAGAACAGAUGGUGGACUAUUUAUAUCAGCCCAUUAGAGGACAACGUGUUUGAUAUGUGGUUAGAAACGCACCCUCUUCUGAAGAUAUCUGGCAUUAAAGUUAAAGAAGCUACAAAUUGUAUACCACGUGAAUUAAUGUAUCUCGUUGGAUAUGUAAACGAAUUCGAUAAAGCCCUUUUAAAGAUAUAUAAAUCAUUUGACCUACCAAAAGAAAUAAAAUAUCAACUCGGUAUUGGAAAACUGUCCGGUCCUCAAUUUGAGGAAGCCCUAUUCAAUAGGCUUGUUAUAGGUCGUGGUUCUGAUGGAUAUCUCCGAUUUGACUUUAUGCUAGGAACCAUAUUUAUACAAGUAUCAAUUAGUAGCUUCACCAAACAUAACAGCGUAUCAUCAAAAAAUAUCGAUAAAUCCUUUGAACCAAUGCUUCUACAAGCUGAUAUCACUGCAAAUGAUAUUAGUGGAAGAAACCAAAUUGAAAUAUACUUGGACGAGAUAUAUGGACCCACCCAUUCUGCUAGAAUAGAUCCUUCAAGCCGUAAGUUUAAUGUUUCCAAAAAUGGCAAACACAAACCUGGAUUUCGAAUCGUCUAUAUUCGAGGUUCACCCGGCACUGCCACUCGACAAAAGUUAAACAAUUCCAUGGCAUAG